UGCGAUUGCAGCAGGAAGUGACGCCAAGUCUUCCACGGUGGCUCCUAUUCUUACGUGGCAACGCGUCAAGCGACUGCGAGACACUGAGCACAAAGAGACAGAAUAUUCAUUCAAAUACAUUCGCACAUUUUCUUUACUGUUUUGCUUGUUGUUAGGGUUUAGGUUUUUCUUUUAAAUCAUCAUGGGUCUGACCAUCUCAUCGCUCUUUGGGAGACUUUUCGGCAAGAAACAGAUGAGAAUACUGAUGGUGGGGUUGGACGCUGCAGGUAAAACCACAAUACUUUACAAGCUGAAGCUGGGAGAAAUUGUGACCACUAUCCCUACCAUAGGUUUUAAUGUAGAGACUGUUGAAUACAAGAACAUCUGCUUCACCGUGUGGGAUGUCGGCGGUCAGGACAAGAUUCGUCCUCUAUGGAGACACUAUUUUCAGAACACACAGGGUCUGAUCUUUGUGGUGGACAGCAAUGACAGAGAGAGAGUGGCCGAAUCUGCAGAAGAGCUUUCUAAAAUGUUGCAAGAAGAUGAACUGAGGGAUGCCGUGCUGCUGGUUUUUGCAAACAAACAGGAUCUGCCUAAUGCCAUGGCUGUCAGUGAACUCACAGACAAACUUGGACUGCAAAGCCUACGCAGCAGAACGUGGUACGUUCAAGCAACCUGUGCUACACAAGGCACCGGACUCUAUGAAGGACUGGACUGGUUAUCAAACGAGCUCUCCAAACACUAGUGUGCCUGCUGAUAGUGGCGAGAUGUGUGUGUACUUUAGAAAGAUGGAGUGUGCCGGUUGAUAGACUCUGUCUUGAAGAACUUGAGUGAGUGUGUGUGUGUGUGAGAGAGAGAGUGUGUGGAGGAGCUAUCAAGUGUUCAGCAUCAUGUCUAAUCUAUCUUAUCUGUCUUUUUCUGUGCUGUAUUCCUACUAAUGUUCUUUUAAUUUUUUUCCUUACAAAUCUGAUUUUUUUUUUUCAUGACUGUAAGAUAAUGCUUAAAUUGCACAUUUACUUGAGAACUGUGAGAGCAUUAUGGCACAACAGAAAGGAAGUUUGGGAGGAAUUCCAGGUCGAGGCAUCCCUCUCGUGCGAGUUUGGAGUAGUUGUAGCUUAAGAGCGAGUAAAUGCCAGAAAGAAGCCGUUGUGCACUGACGCUCACUCCCAAGAUCCCUGUUGCAAUGCUGCCUAACUCGACUAGCGAGUCGCAGGAUUCGCAGCUCCAUGAACAUUCCAUUUCAUGGCAGUUAAUUUUAUUCCACGGGGUUGUUUUACAAAGCUUCACAUUAACUUUUGUUGCAAAACCUCCUAAGUCUUGUUUUAGGGACUUUGCCACCAACAGAUUCUUUGUAACAAAAUGGUACAUGAAGUAUUGACAGCAAUAUGGAGACAUCUGUGAUUGAUUAGCCCAAUGAUCUCUUAACUGCCUUUGAUGUUAAACCCCUCCAUUGAACAAUAAAUGUUUUAGUUGAAAGCAUUUGAACAGAUCAUAGUACACCUUGCUUGAUUUUUCUGAGGUGGGUUGGACAUGGUGGAUUGGACCAGGAUGAAUUGUUUCUUCAAUCUGCUCCAUGUUUCUUUUCUCUUUUCAUGUCAAAUGGCUGUAUGUAUGUAUGUAUGCUGGCACCUUUAAUAUCAACGAUUGAGGUGCAUUCGGUGAGAAUUUUGUAUGGGGCACUCCAGUAAACCAAUAAGGUCCUCAUUUCCUUAGCAGGAUUUUCUGAUCUUGUACACUUCCCUACUGCGGCAAAUGCCCUACUCUUGCUCGAACUGUGCCACAAGGUCCACCCCUGUGAGGAAAUAAAGAUCUGAUGAAAACUAAA